UAAGUGUAAAAAAGUCACAACAAAGAUUUUCAUUCUUGGAAUGUGUCAGUUAUAAAUAGGCCUCUCCAUCUCACACCACAAUCACCAAAGUGUAAAAAAAACAAUAUGGAGAAUCAAAAAGCAUUAGUGUUGCUUACUCUUACCCUUGCCAUCCUAACCACCUCUGCCAAUGCUCAACUGAGAACUGACUUCUACAGAAGCACAUGCCCCAACGUUGAGUCCCUCGUCCGCGGAGCCGUGCAGGCCAAGUUCCGGCAGACUUUCGUGACUGCUCCGGCCACCCUCCGGCUUUUUUUCCACGAUUGCUUUGUCAGGGGAUGCGACGCUUCCAUUAUGAUCGCGUCGCCUAACGGGCAGGCGGAGAAGGACCAUCCCGACAACCUUUCACUUGCCGGAGAUGGCUUCGAUACUGUUGUUAAGGCCAAGGCAGCCGUGGACAGCAACCCUCAGUGCCGGAACAGAGUUUCAUGUGCUGAUAUAUUAGCAUUGGCUACAAGAGAUGUUGUCAACUUGGCUGGAGGUCCAAACUACCCAGUGGAAUUAGGAAGAAGAGAUGGUAGAAUUUCUACCAUGGCCAGCGUACAACGCCGUCUACCCGGUCCGGGCUUCAACCUAGACCAGCUCCGGACCAUGUUUGCCGAGCACGGUCUGGACACAACCGAUCUCGUGGCAUUAUCAGGGGCCCACACGAUUGGGUUCUCUCACUGCAGCCGUUUCUCGAGCCGGGUGCGGGGGCGGGGGGACCCGACGCUGAAUCCGCAGUACGCGGCACAGCUGAGGCAGAUGUGCCCGGUCAACGUGGACCCGCGCAUCGCGAUCAACAUGGACCCGGCGUCGCCCAACACGUUCGACAACGCCUACUUCAGAAACCUGCAGGGAGGGAGGGGGCUCUUCACCUCCGAUCAGGUGCUCUUCACCGACGGCAGGUCCAGGAACACCGUGAACCAGUUCGCCAACAGCAACACCGCCUUCAGCCAGGCCUUCGCCACCGCCAUGACCAAGCUCGGCAGGGUUGGGGUGCUCACCGGCAACCAGGGUGAAAUUAGGAUUGAUUGCACAAGGCCUAAUUAAAUUUCUUUUUUUUUUUUUCAUACCAAAUUUAAUUUUUAUUGCAUGUUCAUAUUUGCAAAUAAGAAGUAGUCAUGUAUUUGGUGAAUUUGUUGGAGUGCCUUACUUUGCUGAGCUUGUAAUAAUGUGAAGAGUGAAGAAUGAAGAAUGUGAUUUUUUCGAGUUCUAACAAAA